AUGAGUAACAGAGCCACAAUCAUAGCACCCUCACCUUUGCGCUUCUUAAGAGCUUACGGAGGCUACGAAAAUCCACCCCAUUUAUCCGCUUCACUAAGAAAUGUGUCAUGUCGAGAAAAAUACCCGGACAGCCAAGUACCAACUGGCCCAAUUAUACCUGAGCAUACACAGAAAGAAAUGGAUCCAAUUUUAGACCACACAGACUAUUCAUUUGCAGUGUUUGAAUUAAGAGCUAUCGUCGGUUCUACGCCAUAUACCUUGUACGAACCCAUCAAUCGGAGGAACCAUUUUGAUGUUUCCCGGGAAAUAUUAUUAUUUCCUGCACCAAGUCGUGAAAUGAAAUGGAUCGAUUAUGAUGUGAGAUCUACACCACAAUUAACGGAUAAACAAUUAUCAAAUUGA